AUGGAGGAGGAUCUUAAUGAGAAUGAGUUAGAAGAACGGUUUUACUCUAUGCUACAUUAUGUAGACGAAUCACAAGCGAAUGUGGCCACCAACCAUAAGGAUGUUAACCACAUUGUGGACAACAUACCGCAAAGCACUGUGCGCCGUUACUGGCGUACAAGUGGUGAUCAGGCAUUACAGAAAGUUAACGCUGCUAAAGAUUCCAAUCUGUCUAUAAACAAAUCCUCAGUUUCGGAGAAUGCAAAGACCAAAGAGGAGAAACAUCAACCUACACCUCCGUUAUCUGCAGAUUUGUCAAUAUUCCAAUCACCAGUGCCACAGUACAUAAAGAAGAGCAUAGAGAUAUUAGAAAAUGAUGAACCCUCUCAUGUUGUGGAACUGGAAACAAGUGAUGAAGAUGAAGUUAUUGAGGUUCAAUUGCCACCAAAGCCUACCAUUACCAUUGAUAGUUCAGAUGAGGAUGAAAUUUCUGAAAUAUCUAAGAUCAACGAGCUUAAAGACAAAAAUAGUAACAGAGCCCCAGAAAAUAAAAUAAGCACAAAUAGGGGUGAUAGAGAGGUUUCAGCAAGUCCUGUUCCUUCAAUUGUUUCAUCGGUUUCUGAUGAAUUUAUACGUGGUGACUGUAUUGCACUUAACAUCUCCUCCAAACGUCCAAAUAAUCAUAGUUUUGACUUUAGCCUUCAUGGCUCUGACAUCAUGGACGAAAGUACUCCCCCUAAAAAGAAAAAAAAGAAGAAAAACAAAGAGGCUGCAACAUCUACCCCAGUAACAAGCACGCAAGCAUCUGUAGCUACUGUGCCUAAAGAAGGAGAAUACUUUGCAACACCCAAAAGUAAAGCCAGAAAAAAGAAACAGAAAAAAAAUUAUUCAGUAUCUGAAAAGAGUAUUCCAAAUGCCGAUGUUUAUGAUUCAGAUAGUAAUCAGUCUACAAUUGACCUGGAUAAAAAUCAUGGUUCUUAUAGUGUAACAGAGAAGAGUUUUCCAAGCACAGAUGUUUAUGAAUCUGAUUCCAAUCAAUCGGAAAAAACAAGCCCUGCCAAACAAAACCAAAAAGGAAUGGAAUCUGAUAUUUGUACAACUUCUGAUAGUAGCAUUUGUUUAGAAAAACAUGACAGUAUCGAACAGUUGCCUAAGGCACCAAAACAAAAUAGCACUUUAACACAACAACAAGAUUUACCAACUGUAGAUUUGACAGACACUACUUUAGACCAGACUGUUAUCAAUGAAAACAUUGUUAUGGCAAAUGUAACAGGUUUUCCAGAACCAGAAGAAUCGGGGGUCAUUGACAUUACACCUGAAGGUGAUGCAACUAGAUUUGGUUCCACAAAAGUACCUGCCAUUUUGUAUGAAGAUCUUGAUUUUGAUAAUUUGAAGGGCAAAGAUAAAGUGUGUAAAAAACGCAGAUAUUCUUUGACAACUCUUCGUGCCGAAAUGGAGAAAUUCUAUAAUGAGAGUUGGGGUGGAGAAAAUUUCAAUCAUCGUGAGAUACAAAAAAAUAUGUCCCGUGACAAAAGUUUAUGGGUUAUUGACCCCAAAGAUAGAAUGCCAGGAUUAUCAAGAAGGAAGCCAACCUGUAACUACUGCAAUCGUCCUGGGCAUCGAGAUGAUAUGUGUCGAAUGAAACCGCCUGUUUGUUACAUGUGUGGCUCUACAGGCCAUUAUGAACCGCGCUGUCCAAGAAAAAUUUGUGUUAAUUGUGGAUCUCCAAACCACAUGUAUACCACAAUGUGUCGAAAUUGCUCGAAUUGGAACAAUAUAAGAUGUGCCGAAUGCGGACAGAUUGGCCACCCUUCAAGCCAUUGCCCCGAUUUGUGGCGCCGCUAUCAUAAUACGAUCACCUGUAAUACGCCAUUAGAGGAGAAUCGUCAAACGAAAAAACAUUACCAAAUGUUUUGUAGUGGCUGCGCUCGACGUGGUCACCUGGUACACACUUGCCGCCUGUCCCUACCAUUUUCGGGUCUACCGAUAAAUUCCCCCUAUGUUUCUUUAUAUCAUCCCAUAUACUUUUCAACAAAUGAAAAUACCAAUCCAUUUGAUAACAAUACACCUCAAAGAAACCGACAAUUUAAUCGUUAUAAUACACAAGAUUCAACCAUUUCUUCGGCAACAAUACAACAUCGAAAUGAUAGAAACAAACGACAGUCAAAUUCGCCAAUUUGUCAUGAAAGCCAUGUUAAUAAAAAGAGAAACACAUCUAAUUCCGAAGAAACUGACUUGCGGCGUAACACAAAAAGUCCAAAAAAUCAUGGUUCUGAAAGGAAAACGUCGCAGAACUUUGAUCAUAAUGAAGAUACAAACAAAAUUGCAAAAGAAACUAAUAAAUUAUUAAAUAACAAUAGUGAACCGCAUAAAACAACUAAUACUGAAAUAGAAAAAGCAUCAGAUUUCAUUCCACUAUCAUCUACUAACCAUGACAAAAAGGGACAAAUUAUUCAAGAUAAUGAAGUCUCAGAUACAAGUGACAUUGUAACAUCUGCAAGAAUUUACAUUACUAACGAUAUUAUCGAAAAACUUAAAACGAAAGAUGGAGAAGAGUGGUUAAAGAAAUCUACACAGAAAAACAAUGUAACUCUACAAACUACAGAUUUCAAUUUGUUUAUAGGCAUUUUAGGAAAAGUCGCUGAUCAAGAGGCUUUUCAGGCUGAACUUAGGGAUUGGAUUAAGAGCAAAGAAAAUACUGGUAAUGUUAAAUCUGGUAAUGAUUUAGAAAUCACGAAAGAGAUGACAAAUGAAGAAGCUGUACUGUGCAAUAACAUACCACGGAAUAGAUGCAAUGUUUUGAGAAAAAUUAACAAGGCAUUAGAAUUGUUAAAAGAAGAUUUAGGUGAUCCUAAAGACAUUUAUAAAGAGUUAACUUAUCUUCAAAAUCAUCAUCAACAACUUCUUAAACAAAAAGAGGUCAGUCCGAAGCAGUUGUCAAAUAAUCGUGACAACAUUAAUGAUAUGUUAAAGAAAUUAAAUAUGGUGCUUAUUGGUCAAGCUGGUCUUGCCGAUGGUUCAAAGCAUUUAAGCGAAUUAUAUUCUCUUCAAGAAAAACUUACGAACUUCAGACAAAAGUAUAUACCUCCUCAAAUGCGAGAAGAAAUAGGGCAACAUUAUCAUUGUAUAUUUACUGCAAUCCCCCGAAAGGACUAUCAAGAGUUGCUCAAUAAAUAUUAUGUGACUAAAUCAAAGCCAGUGUUGCUUAGAAAGAAAAAGAACGAUAAAUCUAUAAGACUUAGUCCAGCAGUCCAUGCAAAAAAGAAGUUUGCCAAGAAUUGGCAUAAAAAAAGAAAUGACGCAGGUCUUAACGGAAGUAAUGAAAUAAUUGAGGAUAAUAAUGCCGUCGCUAGGAAUCCUUUCGUUGAGCAAACGAUAAAUAGGUUAGUGUUUUAUCACAGAAGACUUAUGCGCGCUAAGCCGCACGAUAACGUUCUGAACAAAACACGCGUCGAAUUAGUAAAUAAACUCAAUUCCCAUAUUUCCUCAUUGGGGCAAAAAAAUAAUAUGUCGCCUAACGCCAUGCGGAAAAUGAGGAAAAAGAUGAAGAUAACACAAGAGCAAGCACAAUUGUUCUUGACAAAUGUAUAA